AAAAGAGAAAGCCAAGGGGCAACAACCAAAAGCUAAAAGAAACUAUUAACAACACGAUCAAAGGCAAAACCAAAAACUGAUCCAACCAGAAGAUGAUCAGACAACAGAUAAUCAAAAUUAAACGAAUUUAAAUGAUCAAACCAGGAAACCGAAGCCAAAAGCUGAUCAACUAUAAUAUGAUCAAACAGCAGAUAACAGAAAUAAAGAAAAAAAAAGGUUGAACCGAGAUGAUCAAACAGCGUACCUAAACAGGGAGUCGUCAGUUUUGGUAUGACAAACAAAAUUUCCAAAACAAAAUAAUUUCCAAAUCGGAAAAUUAAAACAAGGAAACAACGUGAUUUGAGCAUAUUUUUCAUAUCCUAAAUAUCCGAAUUGAUUCUUAAUUAUGCAUGAUAUAAAAAAAUUGAUCAGAGGAGAGAUUUAAGAGCAAAAAUUGGGAAACGAGAUCAAACUUUCCAAAUUGAAAAAUUAAAAUAAGGAAACAAAUAUUUUUCAUAUCAUGCACAAUUAAAAAAAUAAUUUUCAGAAUCCAAAUUAAUAAUUAUUUUCUUAAUUAGGAUAUAAAAAAAAGCUCAUCUCUGAACCACACCCAAAUAAACCAACUUUGGCAGCUCCGCCACCGGCCACCUAACUCUUCCCUCUCCCUUCCCCUACUCUUCACUUCACUCUAUUCUCAACCUGCACCAACCACCACUAACCUCUCUUUUCCAUUUUAAAAAGAUGUGGCAACUUCUCCUUGCCGCAGCUUUAGCAGGAUCUGCUACUUUCGUUGCUAAGCAUUUUCUUGCUCAGGAACGCCCUAAAGAGGAAGAAAAUCCUUUUGAAGAUUCGAUUGCUUCUGCAUUUCAAUCUCCUCUAUUUCCUAACCAUGGUAAUGGGUGCGGAUACGACAGUAAUUUCCAGCAACCACCUGAUGGGAUCUUUAGGUUCUCGAGUUCUGCUUCUGCUUCUUCGCCAAGUGGUAAGAAAACUAGGAUUUCGAGGAAGAAAUCGGGCAUCACGGGUCGUCGAUUGAAUUUUGGUGCGGAAAAUUAUAAGGCUGAUAAAAGAUCUGGUGGUUCCGAGAAGAGUGCAAGGCGCCGAUUGAAUUUUGGUGCGGAAGAUUAUAAGGCUGAUAAAAGAUCUGGUGGUUCCGAGAAGAGUGCAAGGCGCCGAUUGAAUUUUGGUGCGGAAGAUGAUAAAAGAUCUGGUGGUUCCGAGAAGAGUGCAAGGCGAUUUGCUGUUUGCUUGAAGAAGAGGAGAACUGCCAAGAGUGUGCCUUCCAAGUGUGGAUCCCGUUCUUCUAAAGAUAGCUCUUUGUUUGGUUGUGGACUUGGCAUUGGAAUCAUGUACAUGAUGUCAGCCGAGAAAGCUGAGAUCAGUAAGCUAAGCAAUGCCAUGGAUGAGAUUGCAAAAACUGUUAAAGAAUUAAGAACUGAACUGUAUAAAAGAAGGUCAGCCAAAGUUGCUGCUAUCUCAAAAGAUUUAAGCAGUAAUAAUGAACUAGAGUUUUAUAGAGCAGGUACAGGGCACAAUAAUGACCCCAAAGUUAUCAAAGUUUCUGGGAUCCCAAUGAUUGAUGAUGUUGAAUGCCCAAGUAGUGGUCUUAUAGAAGAGCCAGAGCCGCAGCUGCUGGAAAUGGAUCAACUGGAAGCAGAGCUUGCAUCUGAACUACAAAAACUUCCAUGGUCCUAUCCUGAAGCUUCUGGUCAUGAAGGAGUUGAACCAAAUAUGGAUAAGAAUGAGACUUUUUCUGGUGGGCUUCACAAACUGGAGGGUCAGAGCAAUAUUUCCUUCCAAUGCCAUGGAGUAUUGCCAUCUGAACUAGAUCAGAAAUUGUCCCAUUUGCACAUCGAACAGCUGGAAAAUCAAAUUGAGGAGCUAGAAUCUAAAUUGCAUGCUGCCCAGUCCAAACUCAAUGAGAAGGAAGCUGAACUGGACUGCGUAAAACUCCUGACUGAAAUCUUCCCAUCAACUGUAUCAGAUGAUGAAGCUGUGACAUUUGCUGAGCAAGAGUAUGUGAUAACAAAUGCAGGGAUUACCUACUGCAAAUCAAAGUUUCAGUUGAAGAAAUGUGAUUAUCAGAAGGUCGGUGUCAGGAGAGAAAGCAAAAUCCGUGAGGAUUCAUCAAAAGUUGAACCAAAAUUUGGCAACACAAGUGAAGAUGCAGGGCAAGAAAGUGAAGUGGAAGAUGAGGAAAAUAAGAUGUAUGUUUCCUCAAGUAUUUCACCACCAAAGAAUGCGUUGUUAUUGACGAGAAGCAGUCCAGUCCGGUCACUUCAAUUAGAGAAAAUGUCAAAAAUUGAAGAACUCAGAACAGAGGAUGAUGGCACUGUACGUCCUCUUGAGCUUCUGGAAGAACAGAAGGGUCACAGUGAUUCUGAUUAG